GGGGUGUCGCGGCGCCCCCUGGCGGGCGCGGGGAGCGGCGCAGCGCGGGGCCGCGGGGCCCGGGUGCAGCCCCCGCUGGUGCCGCCGAGCGGGGACGGGCUGGGGGCGGCGGCGGACGAGGAGGAGGAGGAGGGUGAUGGGCCGGAGUCCGGCGGGUGGCUCCGUCGGGGCCGCGCCGUCCCUUAGCAAAGCCCCGAGGGGCGGUAAGUAGCGCGGCCGGGGCCCGUCCCUCGGCGCAGGGGAUCGAUCGGCCGCGGCUGCCGCCCCGUGCCCGUGCCCGCGCCGCGCAGCCCCCGUCGCCGCCCGCCUUCCUCCCCGGGGCCGCGGGCCGGAGCGGAACGGGAGGGGCUGGCCCAGGGCCGGCCCGGGGCCCGGCGGUACCCAGCGAGCGGAACAGCCCUGCCUGCAGCCCCAGGAGAUGGGCGAGCAAGGAAUGCUGCGUGACUUGGUUGAAGUGGAGAACCUUGCCAGUUCCAGGGAGGAGUGGACUGAAGGUGAUUUGAAGGCGUUUUGGACACAACUAGGAGGUAGAAGAGUGGAUGUCAUAUUUGAGCAGGUGCAAAAUGUGCUCCUGUUGCUAAAGGAAAAGAUCAAGAAUGGAACAGCCACAAACCAAGAGUGCUGGCAGGCCUGGGCACUAGUGAAUGAAGCUAACCUAGGUGAUCUCUUAACUUCGACAAAUGUAAGUGAUGUGUUUGAUGGAGAUGGCAUACAGGAAACCAAACCCAAAUUGCAGCCUCUUCUUACAGAUGACAACACUGCAAGCUCUGUAGAAGGUUCUUACAGCAAAAAGGACGAGAUUGAAAAAACAGGUUCAGGGAGUAAAGAAGCAUCCAGUCACAUUCAAGAUUUACCUUUAAAGCUGCAGUAUCAGAACCACAAGUGCUCUAGCGCAUGUCUUGCCAAGAGAGCAGCGGGCUCCUACAAGGGUGAAAAUCCUCUUAAGAUCCCAAUCCUGUUUCACUUCCAAAGACGCCAUGCAAAAGCAGACUGCCUUUCCAAAUCACUGGAUGUGAACUAUAAAGCUCCUUGUGGCCGAAGUCUGAGAAGCUUCCAAGAUGUGCAAAAUUAUCUUUUUGAAACGGAGUGUAAUUUCUUAUUUGUUGAUCAUUUCUCCUUCAACACCUACGUACUGUUGGGCAGGAACACUGUAAAUCCCGAACCCCUGGUGUUUGAUUUUGAUAUCAGCAAUGGAGCUGAGUCUGUGCCUGUUUCGUUCUGCAAUCAUCUUGACCGCGCAAGGUUACCUUAUUUCAAAUACCGGAGGGCGUCGUGGCCCCGCGGUUAUUAUCUUAACAAUUUCUCCAGCAUCUUUGUUGAUUCAUGUGACUGCACAGACGGCUGCAUUGAUAGGGCAAAAUGUGCAUGCUUACAGCUAACUGCAAAAGGCUGUAGUAAAAUUUCUGUGUCUCCAAAUACUAAAGCAUCCCAUGGAUAUAGUUACAAACGACUGGAGGGGCCUAUUCCUAGUGGAAUUUAUGAGUGUAGUGUGUUGUGCAGGUGUGACAAGAUGAUGUGUCAGAACAGAGUUGUUCAGCAUGGCAUUCAAGUCAGGUUGCAAGUGUUCAACACAGAGAAGAAAGGCUGGGGCGUCCGCUGCCUAGAUGAUAUCGACAAGGGGACGUUUGUUUGUACUUACUCAGGCAGAUUAAUGAGCAGAACCGAAGUUCAGGUAUUGGGAAGUGCUUGUCAAGAGCUAAAAGAGAAGAGUGCUAUGAAAAAAGGAGACAAUGGCUUUUUUCCCAAAAAAAGAAAACUUGACCCUGAUCAUUCAGACUCUGUGAUUGAACUAUUGCAGACGGGCAAAAAUGACAUUCUUGAGAAGCAGAAGUCUUUGUCGCAGAUUGUGGAUAAUGAAAAUAAAUCAACCCUAGUUCAUCCAAGGAAUUUAAGUCUUGCAACCAUGAGAAGGCCUGGAACUAGAGCAGUUGUUUUUCGUACUCACCAGCUAAAAAUGGGAGUUGAUACACUGGUGUACAGUGCCAGCUCAGAUGAAGAGAAUAGUUCUCAGAUUCAUCAGUCAAGCAAAACAAAACUAACCAGUGGAACAAAGAAAGGAAAAGAAAAAUCCGCUCAGCAGCAGAAGGAAGAACAUCCAAUGGAAGCUGGACAGACUGAGCCUGCUGAUGUGGACAGUGCAGAAUGCAAAAGAAAGAGUCUGUCUCUGCAGGGUGUUGAUUGUGGCCAGUCAGGUGUGCUGGAUGACACAUGUGUUAUGAGGCCAUCCAAAAAUGUACCACUGAAAGCUGACUGCAGCACAGAAAAUCCCAGGCAUUCAAAAGAAUAUGUGUUUUGUGAGGAGGCUGGUGGUGACAGGACACUUCAGAAUAAUGUUAAUGAAGAAAAGAUUUAUGUGCUGGAUGCUACAAAAGAGGGAAAUGUGGGUCGUUUUCUUAAUCACAGCUGCUGCCCAAAUCUCUUUGCACAGAGUGUGUUUGUGGAGACUCACAACAGAAGUUUCCCAUGGGUGGCAUUCUUCACAAACAGGCAUGUGAAAGCUGGAACCGAACUCACGUGGGAUUAUGGUUAUGAAGCUGGAAGCAUGCCAGAGACAGAGGUUUCCUGUCAGUGUGGAGUUCAGAAGUGCAGGAAAAAAACCUUAUAGGCAAAGCUUUCCUACUGUCACCACAUCUUGUACCUGGAGAUUUAUAUGCUGCAAGGGACUGCUACACAGUGAACAAUGCAUUGAAGUCCAUGGUGCUAAUUACAUACAACUAAAAUGCCUUUCACCUGAGUGUUUUUUCAAAUUACAUUUAAAUGUCACUUUCAUAGUUUACAGAAUUGGAACUAUUUGUCAUCAGAACAUCAUCAGACUUUUCCUAGAUAAUUCCUAUGCUCCUGGUCUUCCUCUCCCUCCCCUCCUCUGCCACUUUUCAUUUGCAAGCAAAGUCCACAGUGCACUGGAGGAACUGAUGCUUCUGUACCAUCUGCAGCAGAGACAUGACAGAUGCAGAGCAACAGUUUGUUUUCUGUGGCAUUCCACAAGGCUGAGUUAGCAAAACUCAGUCUUCUGAUACUUUGAUGAAUGCAAGUCUGCCUGUUUGGGGGCUAAGAAUAGUUACAAUUUACCAAAACCUGAUGGAUCCAGUGGGACAGGUAGUGUUUGUUGAACACAGAGAAGAUUAAUCAGAAGAAUUUUGCAGAGCUGUGUUCAUGCUACAAAAUGAGCUGGGCAAGUCCUUUUGCUGCAGAAGAGAAAUUACUGGUUUUGUUGGGUUGCAUCCCUCUCCAUAUUUGUGACACGGAAAUCCUGAGAAACCCUAUGUGCCUUAUUUCAGUGCCAUAUUGUGUAGUGUGGGAUAGGUGGGCCACAGAAGUCCUAGCCAUGUGGUUUGUUGAUAAGAGAGAAAGCAGCUACAUUAGGUGACAUGGAUGCAGGAGGGUGGUCUGAAAUGAAGCAAGGGAUGGGUAUGGAGGUGUGUGGCAUUUGCACGUGUUGUUGGAGCCUUGUGCAAAAAAGGUGGUGUCACAGAUGAGCAAUUUAGACCACUAGAAGACCCACAGCCAAUGUUAUCAGUAAAAGUGGUUUUACUGAA